CGUCAUCGUCUUCCGUACUAAUCGCGGAAUUGCGUGCCGUCCUAACGCUUUGCUAUCUUCAGAGCUUCGCGACUCGGGAGCCGUAAAUUUCCCAAGUUUCAUCAAAUUUCCAGCUCCAGUUGAAAAAUUCGACCUCUGAACAAAUCGAAAUUCGAAAUUUAGGGCUUUGAUUGGGGAAAUGGCGAUGCUUUUGGAGGAUAUUCUGAAGUCGGUGGAGCUCUGGUUAAAGCUAUCAAGAAGACCCACCCAGCCUUACGUGGACCCCAAUCUCGAUCCGGUUCUUCUAGUUCCGGGCAUCGCCGGUUCGGUCUUGAACGCCGUCGAUGAAGAGAGUGGUGCGGAGGAGCGCGUUUGGGUUCGAAUCCUCGGUGCUGACUACAUGUUCCGGACCAAGCUUUGGUCUCGUUUCGAUCCUUCAACAGGCAAAACUGUGUCUUUGGAUCCAAACACAAGGAUAGUGGUUCCUGAAGGUAGAUAUGGACUUGAGGCAAUCGACGCCUUGGACCCUGACAUGGUCAUUGGACAGGAGUGUGUAUAUUAUUUCCAUGACAUGAUUGUUGAAUUGACCAAGUGGGGUUUCCAAGAGGGAACGACACUUUUUGGGUUUGGUUAUGAUUUCCGCCAAAGCAACAGGUUGCAGGAGACAUUGCAUCGCUUAGCUGCAAAACUAGAGGCAGUGUAUAAUGCUUCUGGAGGGAAAAAGAUAACCAUCAUAACUCAUUCUAUGGGGGGCCUUCUAGUGAAAUGUUUCAUGUGCUUGCAUAGUGAUGUUUUUGAGAAAUAUGUGAACAAGUGGAUUGCAAUUGCUGCACCAUUCCAGGGUGCACCUGGAUAUGUUACUUCUACCUUUUUAAAUGGAAUGUCAUUUGUUGACGGGUGGGAACAGAAUUUUUUUAUAUCAAAAUGGAGCAUGCACCAACUGCUUAUUGAGUGCCCAUCAAUAUAUGAAUUGAUGGCUUGUCUUGAUUUUCAAUGGGAACAUCCUCCGCUUUUGGAAAUGUGGAGAGGUAGGCCAGAUGGUGAUGAGAGAUCUCAAAUUAUGCUAGAGUCUUACCCCCUGGUAGAGAGCGUCCAGAUUUUUAAGGAGGCUCUUGCAAAUAAUACGGUCAAUUAUAACGUUGAAGAUAUUCCCCUACCAUUUAAUAUGGAAAUCUUGAAAUGGGCUAAUGAAACACGCAAGAUUAUAUCUCGGGCGAAACUUCCUCCUCAAGUUAAAUUCUACAACAUAUAUGGGAUGAAUCUCGAGACACCUCAUAGUGUUUGCUAUGGAAACGAGGAAACACCGGUCACAGAUCUACAACAGCUACGCUAUUUCCAGCCUACGUAUGUAUGCGUCGACGGUGAUGGGACAGUUCCGGUAGAAUCAGCUAAGGCAGAUGGUCUCGAUGCUGUAGCAAGGGUUGGAGUCCCUGGCGAGCACCGAGGAAUUCUUUGCGAGCGCCAUGUGUUCCGGAUACUCAAGCACUGGUUGAAGGUGGACCAUGACCCGUACUACAACCCGGUAAACGACUACGUGAUUCUACCCACUGCAUUCGAAAUGGAGAGGCACAGAGAGAAUGGUCGAGAAGUAACAUCUGUAAAAGAGGAGUGGGAAAUCAUCUCCGAAUGCCAAGACGCCGAUGAAAAGCCUGUGGUGAGUUCCGUAUCGGUUUCGGACGCCGGAGCAGAGGCCUGCGCAACUCUCACUGUUCACCCUCGGAACGAGGGAAAGCAACAUGUGGAGCUGAAUGCUCGAAGCGUCUCGGUCGAUGCAUGAAUAUAAGAACAGAGGUGCAUUGGAUAUUGCAGGUGCCUUUGUAUAUAAAACAAGAUCAUAAAUUAUAAUUAAUCCUCAAAAAUAAUUUUAAUUAGAAGUUAAACAUC